GAGCCCGGACCCGGAGCCCGGAGCCCGGAGCUCGGACCCGCACCCCGCAGCCCGGACCCGCACCCCGCACCCCGCACCCCGCACCCCGCAGCCCGCAGCCCGCAGCCCGCGAUGCGCGGCGGCCAUGGCGGGGCUCGGGCGGCCGUGCGCGCUGCUGCUGGGCCUGGCGCUGCUGCUGCCCGCCGCCCGGCCCGGCCGCUCCGACCUCAGCCUCAUCCGCCCGCGCCCGCCGCCCGGCCCCGACCCGGACCGGGACCAGAACCCGGACCAGGACCCGCCCGCGGCCUCCGCCUCCCCGUCCCCGGCGCCAGGGCCGGCGUUCUCGCUGAAGGUGCAGGUGAAUGACGUGGUCAGCCGCCAGCCGCUGCAUCGGGCGGCCGUCGAGGUGUUCGUCAACCACACGAGGACCAUCGCCACGGUGACGGGCGGCCGGGGCGCCGCGCUGCUCCGCGUGCCCUUCGCGCCCGGCCUGGGCCUCACCGUCCUGGCCCACAAGCUGGGCUACGUGCUGGCCCCGCUGGCCUGGCGGCCCGGCCGCAUGCCCAUCUACUCGUCGCUGACCCUCUCGCUGUUCCCGCAAAGCCCGGCGAACAUCUGGCUGUUUGACGACACCGUUCUGAUCACCGGAAAGCUGGCCGAGGCCAAGUCCCAGCCCCGCGUCCAGUUUGCCAAAGCCUCCAUCGCCCUCCCGGACAGCCACCACUUCAGCAACGUGACGGGCUACCUGACGGUGCUGCGGCAGUUCCUGAGGACGGGCGGCGCCCCGUACGCGGCCGGAGUCACGCUGAGCAAAGCAGGUUUCGAGAGCAUCGAGCUGACGCCCCUGGCCGCGGUGUGUGUGAAGAUGUACUCGGGGGGCCGGGAGCUCCAGGUGGCCGGCUCCGUGCAGCUCUCGCUCCCCCUCCUCCACACCCAGGACGUGCGGGCGGGGGACCACGUGCCCGCCUGGACCUUCGACAUGGACACAGGCGCCUGGGUCAGCCAUGGCCGGGGGACGGUCAGGGAGGCCGACAGCCACUUAGUGUGGACGUACGACGCACCGCACCUGGGCUACUGGAUGGCGGCACCCCUCCCGGGAACGCGAGGCCCGGGCGCUGGUGGAGAGCCCGGGGACAUGGCUGCCUACCACACGGCGUUCCUGACGGCCAUCCUGGGGGGCACCGUCGUCAUCGUCGUCGGCUUCUUCGCGGUGCUGCUGUGCUACUGCAGGGACAGGUGUGGGCCCCCCCAGAAGAGAGACAGGACCAUCACCAAGCUGGAGGCCCUCCGCAGGGACCAGACCACGUCGACCACGCACAUCCACCACAUCGGCUCCGUCCAGGCCGCCCUGAGGGCCGAGGACCGGGCCGCGCCCCGCGGCGCCAGGAGCCCCGCGCGCAGCCCGCAGCGGCCCGGCCCAGAGGGGCGCCUGGCCGUGGUGAGGACCCAGGACCAUUUCAGACUCUACGGGGAGGACGUCUCCUUCCUGUCCGCCCGCCCCAAGGCGUGCCCCGGAGCCCCCACGCCGGCCCCGGAGCCCCCGCGGGGGGACGCCCCGGAGGAGGCGCUGAGGCUCCUGGCGGGCCCCCCGGAGGGGUACGCGGAGGGGUACGCGGAGGGGUACGGGCUCCCCGAGCCGCUGCUGCACCUGUACCGCCCCCCGCUGGCCCUGCUGCGCAGCGCGGACCUGCUGGCCCCGGAGCCGCGCCCGGAGGCCAAGGCGGCCACGCUGCCCCGGAAGGGCGAGCCGGGCGGCCGCGGGCCCUUCGCCCAGACGCUGCCCACGGCGCCCGGGCGCCCGCCCGCCGGCCCGGAGGAGGGCGCGCCCCGCGGGGGCCCGCCGAGCCCGCCGCCCGGCGCCGCCUGGGCGCGCUACCCGCGCAGCCUGCUGGAGUCCGUGUCGGUGCCGGGCACGCUGAGCCGCGCCGUGGUGGUGGCGCCCCUGGCGGCCGCCGAGCUGCAGGGCGUGUCGGAGCAGACGCUGCGGGAGCUGAGCCGCGCCCGGCCCUGCCCGCACCCGCGCGCCUGGUUCGUGUCCCUGGACGGCACGCCCGUGGCGCCCGUGCGCCACUCCUUCAUCGACCUGCGGCGCGGCCGGCGCGGCCGGGGCCACGACCACGACGCCAGCCUGGACUCGGGCGUGGACCUGCGGGAGCCGCCGGCCCGCCGCCCGGAGCGGGAGCGGGAGCGCACCUUCCUGCGCGGCGCCCGCCCCGGCCCCGCCGACCCCGACCUGAGCUCCAGCGAGAGCGGCACGGCCGUGUGCUCGCCCGAGGACCCCGCGCCGGAGCCCGCCGGCCCCGGGCACCCCGGCCCCGGGCACCCCGGCCCCGGGCACCCCGGCCCCGGGCACCCCGGCCCCGGGCGGGACCCGGGGGCCGGCGCCUCGCCCACCGGGAAGCGCGGCCGCCCGCCCCUGGCCAAGCGGGACGGCAAGGCCAGCAUCUGGAGGAAGCGGGAGGAGCGCCCGCUGCUCCCCAUCAACUAGCCCGGCCCGGGCUGGCUGGGGCCCCGCCGCACGCGGGGCUCAUUCUCCUGCCUUUUCUGGGGACGUGACCGCAACCCAGGGUCAUGCCGUCCACCGGAAUCCAACCCGCGCCUUCCAGUCCGCAGGCCGACGCUCUGUCCACGGAGCCGCACCGGCUUCCGCUCCUCCUGGUUUCCGGUGUAAGGUGCAGCAGGAACUUUUGUUUUAAAUAUGUCUUUAUUGAUCUCAGAGAGGAAGGGAGAGGGAGAGGGCCAUCCAUGGCCCGCCCGCCUCCUGCGCGCCCGUCUGGGGAUGGAGCCACAGCCCGGGCUGUGCCCUGACCCCUGGUUCGAGGUCAGCGCCCACCGCUGAGCCGCCGGCCGGUCCAACGUGAACUGAGGCGAGGCCGCCGGCCCCGCGGGCCUGAGCGGAGGGGACGGAAGCGGACUCCGCGGAGGGCGGUGCCGGGACCUGCGGCCCCUCCUUCUCUGUCCGGGCUGCGGUGGAGCAGACGCGCGUCCAGGGCGCGGAGCAGCCCCGCGGGGCACCUCGUCUGGGAAGGUGGGCUGGCAGCCUCCCCGCCGGCUCCCUCAGGAGGGCGCUGUGCAACGGCACCCAGGCUGCUGCCCUGGGGAGGGCGCCCCGCGCGGAGGGUGUCCCGUGCAGCCGGGGGGGAAGCCAUGCCCGGGCGUCCUCGUGUGAAAUCUCCGCUCUGUGCCCACCGCCCGCCCUGCACACCGCGGGCCAGUGGCCCGGAUGGAUGUCUUUCUAGAGGUCAGAGGCCACACAGCCUGUUUGUGUUGUGGCUGCAAACAGCACGUAUAUUGUGUCAACCUCCAGCCAACCCCACACGCACCUGCGAUGGCCAAGAAGCCCCUUGGUUGCUAGAGAGGAAAAGUCCAGAGCCAGCGGGGAGGUGAGGAUUGUUAUUUAGAAACCUGAGAAGUGGAUGCUCCGACGUCACAUUUUUAUUUUAAAGUCCCCUUUUUCUUCCCUCAAAAGUGAAAUGAGCUUAGCGGUCCAUGAAACUUCACACCGAUCCAGAGAGAGACCCCACCGAACGUACCUUUAGUUUCAACUCUGAUACAUGGAAGCUAACAUCAGUUCUAAGGCAUGCCUUUUAUUGACAAAAACUCUGACACUAAAAUGCUAUUAAACUUGACUUAAAAAAAAUCAAUGAUGUUUUUUAUGAACAUUAAAAAAUUAACAGAGUGUGUGGAACUAGAGGAAAUAAAUUGCAGUUUUUUAAAAAUACAUUUUAUUGCUUUUUUACAGAGAGGA